AUGGACACGCGCGGCCUCCGUCAUUUGAAGAGCUACCUCGGCAAGGAGGGUGAACAGCUGGCCAGGGCAAAGCGAGCCAGCGAUGUCGUUCCCGUCCUUGCUGCCCGGCAGGCGGCGGCAGCGGCAGCAGCUCGAGCGACAGCUGCCGACGUGACCACUGUUUCGAACACGGUUCCAGCACCGCUCUCGCCCUCCGUCAUGAAGUACCUGGGAGGCCGUCUCGCGAGUGGAGCGACGCAUAAGCUCUCUCGCACCCAGAUGGCUCUGGCGGCCGCCCUCGCAGCACCGGGCGCUCCCUCUACGCGGGGUCACGCGGAGGGUUCAGAGAAUGGCGAGACCGCCCUUGCGGUUACUCGUGCGAAGGUGGCUGACAUGGCUGCGGCGGUGGACACGCUCGCGGUCUCGGCGCUGGAGCUCGCCGCACGCCGCGCUGCUGAGGACACCGAGGCGCGUAGAAGCACCGCAGAGAGCUCCUCUCUCUUUGUCCUAGUCGACACCAGCAGCGAGGCGGCUGAAGUUGCAGGGCAGCUAGAGGGGCGCUACGGGCUAACUGUCCUCUUGCUUAGGGACGACAACGCCUGCCGCCAUCCGACUUUCCCGUCCCCUGCCAGUAGAGCGGGCGUAAGUACGCUAAGGGGCACCACCUCGAAGACGCCGGCGGCCGAACGGCGCAAGACGAAGUCCAACUCGCGGACGGUCGACGAGGUGGCGCCGAAGGACGAGGCCACGGAGAGUACCCCAGCGUUAGCGGGUGCGGUGGUCGUGGUGGUGGCGACGCCUGCAGCGUUCCUCGCAGUGGACCGCCGCAGCGCUAUUUGGAAGUUCAUUGGCAGCUGCGCACUUCUGCUCCGUCGUGCGCCGACGCACACCGGCUCUCUGCUGCACACGCUUAAGGGCAUCAAGGCAGCAGCGUCUUCUUCCCCAACCAAGACCACACCACACGCGCUCAACGCGCAGCGGUGGGCCUGCAUCGGCCACGUUCCGGCAAUCGCUGUUCUGGCGGCAGAGCAGAAAUGGCUGACUGAGCCGGAGCUGGACCUGCUGACAACACUGCGUGUAGAACGCCAUGUUGGCAGCGGUGUGGGUGUGGUGAGUAAGUCCACCGAAGCCUCCGUCUCCAGCGCUGUCGCGGCCCUUCGAGCACCAGUGACGGUUCACUACGCUGUGGCGCAGGGAACGCAUCGCUUUCAGUUUCUCUUUGGUCUGCUGAAGGGCCUGGCGCCUCACCGCGGCAUCGUCGUACACGUCGCCACGCGCGAGUGCGUGGCCUUCCUCUACGACACUCUCUACUCCUUGGUGGGUGAGCUGCCAUCACAUGUGCAACUGCUGAGUGACUACGAGGGUGCGAGUGCGUACACAAACAUGCACACCACCGCUGACCGCCAGCGGCUUUGCGUCGCCUUUGACUCAACGGUCGAGUCGGGCCAAAAUGGCAAGACGGCGGCGGUGCUCCUGUCCUGCCACGGACUUGUCCCACGGCGCGGUUCUGUCUUCCUGCAGUACGACGUCAUUCCCGACCUCCUCAACUACAACCAAUUCAUAGCUGAGGUACUGUCGCCCGGUGCAGUUGCGGCCGACGCGGGCAAUGAUGCCGGAGGCACCGCACCGUCUGCAGCAGCCGAGGUGGCGGUGCGGCGGGAGAGGAUGGCUCGCCGGCGCAAGCGCAGUACCUCUCCUACCCCAGCUCCCGUGGCAGCGCGGAGGGUGGGCGCGGACGCUGCGAACUCCGCUGCAGACGCCUCCUCGGGAAGCAAGGCGGCGAUCCCUGCAGCGGUGAACUACACACAUAUUCUGCUCCUCUUUCGUCCGAACGAAGUUGCUGGGGCGCUGCGCCACCUGCGCCGAGACGGGGCCAGCCGCUACCGACUCGAAUUUCGCGAGCUCGGCCCUCGGGCAGGUGGUCGCUACUUCCUUAUCGGUGAAAAGCUCAAGUCGAUGAACAAGAAGCUUUUUCCUGUCCAGAACGCAGCCUACGAUGCCUACAAGGCCACCAUGCGCACCUACAGCACCAUUGGGCCGCGCGAUGUGUACGACGAGACGAAGGUGAGCCUGGAGAAGGUUGCGGAGGAGUUCGGCUACACGGAGCUGCCGCUGCUCGACCUCCGCCUGAAGGACACGGUUUUUCGUCCCAAGGAGGACUAUUACCGUGCUGCUCGGCAGAAGCAGGAUGCGGAACGCCGUGCCUACAAGGCGUUUGUGCAGGGGAACAUCGUUGGUGAGUCCCCAGAAGAGCACGUCGCUGACAGUGUCGCGUAA